CCUUCACUAAUUUGGUGGCUGACAAAUUGACUUGGCGGUUACUGUAUAAGAAUUGAGGCUUUGAGGAGGGUGUGAAUAUCGACUUUCCCGCUUCGCUCAAAACUCGAAACUCGUCUUCCUUGAAUUGAAAUACUCCCUGCUUACGAGCUGGAAAAUCUUUGUCAAUGGCAAGUUACGAAUCAGGCUAUAGAGAUCCAGCUGCUCUAAAUCCAUCCAGCCUCACGAAUUCAGGUUGUGCUGGAGUCUGUAUAAUGAACAGCUCGUGGAGAGAUGAACAACACCCAUCUUUCAUCAAAUUCGUCUCUUCCUUCCUUGGCUCAAACUCAUUCCGUCUUAACUUUGUUCCAAUUGCACCUGACUUCAUCUUCAACUGUGGGGGCUUGUCAGUAGCAUUUGUUUUUCUGACAAACUGGGAUUGCAACAAUGUCUCGUCGUUCUUCAACAGGGUUAAGAAACUGAAGGGGCAGUUUGCACAUCUCUAUGUUGUUGUUACUCUUCCAACUAAGGAGCAAAAUGAUUCUUUCAUCCGCUCUUACUUCAAAAACGAGAUGGAGCUUGGUAGACCACAGUUUGUACCCGUUCAAGACUUAGAGAUGGGAUUUGAAAAGAUUGUUAAGAUAGCUCACUCACGGGGGAUGUGCAAGCGACAGGAUGCCGUAUCAAAAUUGAAGGCUGAGAGGAAGCGAUCAGUGGAGACAAUGGACAAUUUCCUGAAAGUAGUCACAUCCGUACCAGGCAUUGAUAACCAUGAUGCACAUGCACUUAAUCAAGCUAUUGGCUCAAUCAAAACAAUUGCCAAGGCAUCAAAAGAAAGCAUUUUGGAGAACACUGACCUUUCAGCUGACAAGGCUGAUGUGAUUGUAAGGUUUUUCAGAGAUCCAAAGUUUUACCUCAGUCCCAAGAUCAAUUGAUAUCUCGUGAUUCAAGCCGGUUGUAGCAGGUACUACUUUACUUCUGGCUAAUUUAGGACAUUAAACGAGAGCCAUUGUCCCAGUAUGAAGGUAAAGGCUGGUUUAAAAUACAGUCCCAUUGUCAAAAUUUUCUCACGGAUUUUUCAUGUGACAUGCCAAUACCAUUUAUUUUCCAAUGACGUCAUAACCUGCCAUUAUAUUAUCUACCUUGUGAUACAAUAAUAGUUUAAACUUUAAACCAUAAUCUGAUUAAUUUUUGCCGGUAUCUACUAACUAUAAAUCAAAAUUAUGCAUUGUGCCACAUCUAUGAGGAAGAAGGAAACGGUUCAAGGGUCCCAAGAGCU